AUGAAUCUCGGCAUCAGCCAAAUGGAAUUCAAGAAUGAUUUGAUCUCAAAAAGAUCACAGGUAAACUCGAACAUUGAUUUCCUUACAACCAACUUCAUCAAAGUAUCAGCAAACAUAUAUGACCCACUCACAAAUCCACAGGGUUAUAUUAAUCUUGGAGUAUCUGAAAACAAGCUGUGUGAAGACAUCAUGCUUAAAAAGAUUGCUGAAAUAUCAGGGUCACCUGAUUUUUCUAGUACGGACAUUCUCUACUAUUGUGCUUUACAUGGAACGCAACAACUAAGAAGAACUUUGAGCAAAUUCAUUGAAGAACAUUUCAAGAGCAAGGAGAAGAUUGACGAGGAAAAGAUAGUGUGCAUGGACGGAGUAUCAGCAAUAAUGAACGCUCUGGCCUUUACUUUGGCUGACCCAGGAGAUGUUUUUCUGUGCCCAACUCCAGUAUACAACCGGAUCAGAAAUGAUAUGCUUGAAGUAGGAGGAGUUGACAUCUAUGAGGUUCCAAUGUUUAACAAAACCUCACCUGACGAUCCGUUUAAGAUGCGAAUAGACUUACUGGAAUCGUGCUUACAAAAAGCAAGGCAUGGUGGUUUGAAUGUACGUGGCGUGAUCCUUGUUAACCCCAAUAAUCCUACCGGGAAAGCCUACAAUCCGCACGAGCUACAGCAGUUAAUGACAUUCUGCAAAAGGGAGGAAUUACACGUCAUAGCUGAUGAAAUAUAUGCGCUGACAACGCAAGGUCAAGGAGGUUUCACGAGCGUCUUGUCGUUAUCUAUUCCUGAUCCACAGCGGACUCACUUUGUGUGGGGAUUAAGCAAGGAUUUUGGACUGUCCGGGUUUCGUUGCGGAGUGGUCUAUUCCCAUGACAUUAGGAUACUAGCUCGCCUGAAGCAGAUAGCUACAUUUCAGGCUAUUCCUGCCCCUACACAGAAACUUAUUAACGGCUUAUUAUCUGAUACAGAAUGGAUAGACAAAGUAUAUUUCCCCGCAUAUUACGAGAGAGCAAAAGCUAUGUACAAGUUGGUGAAGGAAGUUUUGGACGAGUUAAGUAUCCAAACACCUUACAGCUGCCGGAAUACACUUUUCUUUUGGAUGGACUUAUCUCAGGUACAUUUUGACUGA